UUUACUCAAAAUGUACUAUAGAUACAAAUAAAAAUUUAUUAGUUUAGGGAGCAGUUGGACAGCCAUGACAAGGAUAGCUAUAUCGUCCGUAUCUACUCUUCAGCACCCCCGCGAACACCAAACCCUCGGGUAUUGAUUUGUUUGUAAGGACAAGGAGCCCCGGCAAAUUCGGAGGUUCUCAGGUACACGGAGGUCACGAUAAAAUUUGUAGCUCCCGCAGCCUUGCAAAAACGAUCGCGAUAAUAUUCCGCCUUAAUUACUUCUUUACGUGCCGACGUGUUUAUCAGUGUUAAUCGUGCUAGUUUAGCUUCGACCCGGCAAAGUUUUGAGGGCCUUAAAAGCUUAAUCAGGUACCUCCGGGCCGCCGCUGUAUCGAUCACAUCCCUCCCGCGCCGUGACUGUACGUCGUCUCGCUCGUAAUUCGAUAGUGAUCUGAAAAUGCACGGUGAAUCGAAUAGGAGUGCCCGCGGCUACAAUGGAUCCACCCAUCGGAUUGCUUUUUUUCCUUCAACGAAGAAUGUGAUUGUGAUUUAGAGUGUGCCUGAAAUAGCAACAGUCAUGUAUGGGAUGUUGAAUGUUGGAUGGAAUGAAGGAAACAAUGUGGAAUGGAUAACGGUAAGCUGGAGACGGUCCCGCCUGGGACUGUGCACUUGGACACAGUGAGGACACUGCACCAAACAGUAGUUUCUCUGAGAACUGCUCUGGAAAUUUCCAAGAACGAACUGAAGGAACUAAAGGAAAAGUAUCAGGAACAUUCACGCUGCAUAGAGUACACUGAUAUUAUAGAAAAACUUUCCCUAGAGAAUCACAUAUUGCGUCGUAAAAUAAUAGAUUCAGGCGUUGAUCGCUACCCUCAUCAGGAUAUAAACUUCGAGGUUUCUUACACACCUAAAACAAUUUAUACAGAUGAGUAUUGUGAUAGUGAAGUUGUAAUUAAAACUGCUUCUACCGAAAAGGAGACUGCGUCUGAUGAUGUACCAUCCCAUCUAGAGGAACCCAGUAAAACAGCUGAGAGAUUAGAAGAAAUCCUCGAAGAAUCCAAGUCAGAAUCAAUUGUAUCGGAAAAUUUGAAUUUCCCGAAUGCAACAAGUAGUCCCGUUCAAGAGUUUGACGAACCGGAACCAAUUAGUGAACUUUCCAUUCCUAAAGAUCCCGAUGUAAAUAUUCACAAUUUUAAAACUAAAUUAGAAUUACUUUCGAAAUUUGAUGUAAAAAUAAAAGUUAGGACUCUAAAGGAAGGAAGUAUAAUAUCAAGUACGACUUCUGAGAGCGACACAACUCUAGAAGAAAAGAAAGAUAUAUUUCUUGAGAAAUCUGGCGAAUCGAAAGCUAGUUUUCAGUUUGAAGAACACAGAGAACAUUUUGAAAAUAUAAAAAAUUCUAAAGGAGAUACUAUUAAUAUAAAAACGGCAUCUAGUGAUAAUAUCAAAAUGGCGGUACCCAAUGAAGCCGAGGUAAAAUCCAAAGCGGAUAAAUUCGACGUGCAAGUGCGUAUAACAUCGGAAGAGAAUCUGGUGGUGAAAGAAACUUCUGAGGGAACACAUCGAAAAGAUACAAUUAAUUUGGACGUAGACAAUUUAAGCCUUCGGUCACUUUCCGACGGUGACAACUCAGUAUUUUCCGAAGGCGGAACAACUCCAUUAGAACAUAACGCGGCCUCUGAUGAGAAACAUGAACAGGAAAAUGCGAGCGGCAAUGAGUCGGAGGAAGUCGACGAUAUAGAACUCAUAUUCACAACGGAUGAGUCCAAGGAUAUGAGCAAUCUGCAGGAAGAUCUGGUUUCUAUACGAGAAACAGAUCAAUGGGCACCAGCCUCCGCAUCCACUACUCAUUCGACUCCCGUUUUGAUAAAAUUUCACACCUUGGACCCCGAUUUCCAGUCGGGAGGGCAAUUCGUUGAAUCCAAAAAAGAGGACCAAGAGAAUACUCCUAAAAUAUCUGAAUCGUCGCUCAAAAUAAAAAGAGUUUCGCUACCGAAUGAUAAAGAUAUUAGGCACGUUGGAUUUACUGAAAAGGGAAGUCUUGAUUUACCUAGUCGGGGCAUCCUUAAGAGUUGUGAUAAUAGAUCUGAUAAUAUGCUAUACCGAAGAAGCCCUAACACUAGUACAAGACGAUUAGACAGUGUUGAUAGUCUUACUGGAGAAUACAAUUAUAGAGGACUUAGUUUCGACAAUACCAAGUCCUCCAGUUUCGAGCUUGGCUCCAGUUUAGAUGUAUUGCACAGAGAGGAAAGUGUAGACAGUUUUCACAAAACGAGGAUGGGACACAGAUUUUCUGUAUUUGCUGAGACUGAUAUAUCGAAAUGUGGGAUCUCUGAGGACGAUCUUGCUAGUAACUUGAAUGUUAGACGAAAUACGUGUCCAAAUCCUUUUGCAUACAGGCCUCUAUCCCGUGGAGUCCCUCGUACAACUAGCAAGUCUACUUGUCGGCCAAGGCCUGUAAUUUACCAAGGCUACGGGCCGCGUAGGGAAAGUGCCGCUCAAACUGACGUAUCUGCCUUGCCUCCUCGAUGGACAUCGGAUGGAUAUCUCGCAUAUAAGGUGGCAUCAACAACGCCUUCAGUAGUGCCAACAUUACCUCAACGCACAGCAGUUACACGACGUCUGACGGUGCCCGACGCACGACCAGCGCCUUUGCAACGACGGACUGAUGAGGCUCGAAGGGUUCUUCUCAGUGAUAUCGGUUUCACAUCGAUGGUGCCGGAACUGUCCCGUUCAGCCGAACCGCUGUGGACGAUACGUCGCACUACUCCCGCACCACUGCCCGAAACACCACGAUCACCAUUGUCGCGGUAUCGAUAUCGUUCGCCGUGUUUAAGCGUAGACCGGAGUAAUGAUUGGAUGCAACAAACAAAUGCACCUUCCCGUAAAGGAAUGCCAUGGCGGGGAUCCUUGCCAGAUGUACGAAGAGACGAUACAGAUGAGUUACUGCAAGAGACCGAAGCGUUCCUGCGACGGUCGAUUGACAAUCUACAGACAUCUGAAUUUCAGGAAGGCAGUAGCGAUAGAACUGGACAUCCUUAUAUUCCCGCUGAAGCUAGACAACUACGACUGGGGCAUGCGGUCAAAAUUAUCACACCACAAGGACGACUUGCUGUUGGUAGAGUCAGAUACGUUGGCCUCGCUGGUGGUACUGCUGCUAAAAGCGGCGUUGUGAUUGGAGCGGAAUUUUCUAUAUCCCAAUACCCGGGUAUCCCUCGAAAUGACGGCACUUAUCAAGGAAGGAGGUACUUCCUUACACCACAGCAACAUACUGCAUUAUUCGUGCCGUUUUCUAAAGUUGUGAUGGCGUGGGCAAAUUAACAAUAAAAUGAUUUUGCCAUUAAUCCGGCUCGAAGGACCUUUUUUUAAUGACAAACACUUGUGUGACAAUCUUGUGUAUUCAAUGUUUUUUGCGUAAUUGACGUAUGUGAAUACGUUAAUAAUGAUUAAUAUCAGUGUUUCUAGUAAAAAUAUAUAUAAAAGGAUGUUUUAUAAUUAGUGGCCUAAUAUGAACCAAUUGAAGUGUAUGGUGACUGCGCGUAGGAAUACGAAUAUUGACGUUUUUGAAAAAAAUAUUUCCGGAAACGAUGGAAUUGAUGAAGAACUGUAAUCCCUUGUAAGAUUUAUUAAAUUUUAAACUGUUUUACAGUAUCCGAUCCGAUAUUGAAAUAUGUAAAAAAAGCGUACAUCAAGCAUUAUAUGCGAGUAGGAAUAUGAAUUUAAAAUUGUAAACAUUUGGAUAAAAAAUAGUAAUUAUAACUUCUAUAUUCGUACUAACUGAUUUAUUUAAAGUUUCUUCUAUUGUUAUUUAUUACAGAGAUAGUAUAUUGAAAAUGAUUUGAUUAUAAUAUACAACAUCGUUAAGAUAUUGAAUCGGAUGAUGUAAAUAGGGUCUUUAUACUAUUUUUUUUUGUAAGGGAAAUAAAUCUUAUAUGGAAGUAGAUUUUCCAUAAGAAAUUCUCCUAAAUUGGAGUUACAGUUUAUUUUUGAUAAAACAAUCAAGCUGUUAUAGCAUGUAUUUUUGUGAGCGUGUCAAGUAGAAUUCGCGCUAUGAAUGACAAAACCUUUUUUACCGAUCUUCUUGAUAAGUGAACAAAAAAAACUGUUCUUCUUGUAGGAUUUUUAUAACUUUGAAUAAUAUAAGUUU